AUGACCAUUAGACCUACAUUACCAUUAACUAAACCGAUAAUUUCUACUCACCCAAUACCUUAUACUAACCUAAUAGAUUCUACUUAUCUGGUAGCUUCUAAAAGCACUUCUAAUUUGAAUCAAGCUUUAACUCCACAUCAGAUGAUCAUUCCUUCAAUGGGAAUGCCUGGGGUUGUGUCUAAGAGCAAUUCACAUUUGGAACAAACUUUGACUCCACAUCAAAUAAUCAUGCCUUCAAUGGGUAUGCCAGGGAUUGCCUAUCAAAUAUAUAUAGGUAAUCAUAAUGAAAAUUACAACAAUUCAGUUCAGUAUGCUAUGCAACCUAUGUUUUUACAAUAA